AUGGACCCAAGUUUAGUUUUAGAGCAAACAAUACAAGAUGUGUCGAAUCUCCCAUCCGAGUUUCAUUAUCUUCUAGAGGAGAUCGGCUCAAAUGACUUGAAACUCAACGAAGAAAAAAAGAGAUAUGAGCAAAAGGAAUUCCAGAUACACAAGUUUAUAAGGCAGCAAGGCUCCAUACCGAAACACCCACAGGAGGACGAACUAGACGAAGAAAUAAAAGGUUCACUUUUAAAAUGUCAGUCUCUACAAAAAGAAAAAUGCGUUCUAGCGAAUACCGCGCUCUUUUUAAUUGCUAGACAUUUGAGUAAGUUAGAGAACAACAUAGCUCUAUUAGAGGAAGACGGUGUGCUAGCUCCUGUAGAAGAAGACGGGGACAUGGAAAGUGCUGCUGAAGCCUCCAGAGAAAGUUCAGUAAUGAGUAGUGGUAGCAUGAAGAAGAAACGAGCUGCGUCUAGCUCAGGAUCUAUACCGCCCACUUUGAAAAAGAAAAAAACCAAUCGUGCAUCUAAGCUCCAGAAUGAAAUAGAUGUUUCAACUACAGAAAAAUCUGUCACCCCAAUGAGUCCGAGCUUUGAAAAUAAAAUCGCAAGGACAAAAGAAAUCAAAAAUAAUAGAAAUGGCAAGGGUCAAAACGGCUCAUUUGAGAAUGAGGACGAAGACAAAACCUUAUACUGCUUUUGCCAAAGGGUGUCAUUCGGCGAAAUGGUUGCUUGCGAUGGUCCUAACUGUAAAUAUGAAUGGUUUCAUUAUGAUUGUGUUAGUUUAAAAGAACCUCCAAAGGGUACGUGGUACUGUCCUGACUGCAAAAUUGAGAUGGAAAAAAGCAAAUUGAAAAGGAAACGCAAUUAA